AAUUAUCCCAUGAUGAUGAAGUUUUUAUGGAAGACAGGGAAGAAACAGCUGAUGUUGAGAAAACAGGAUUCAGAUGUGGUGUCUGUCAAAAGGUCAUAAAAAAGAAAGGGGGAUAUACUGUGCAUAUGCAAAUGCACUCAAAGGCGAAAGAUAAAUACAGGAAGCCAGAGCACAGAUGCCCAUUCUGCAAAAUUGGUCAAACGCAAUUAUCCAGACACAUAUCUAAACAGCAUCAGGACAUUCCUGAAGUUUCCGAGGCUAUGAAAUUUCCCAAAAACUCAAAAGAAAGAAAUGCAAUGUUUGAGAAUUUUAGAAAGCGUGGGAUCUAUGAAUUCAACAAAAACCAGUCGGGAGAAGAUACACCAGAAUUUGAAGCUGAGAGAAAAGGACAGAAAGAUCUUGUAUGCUGCUCUUUGUGUAAGGGAUUUUAUAGUCGGCGUCUCUACCAUAGACACAAGGACCUAUGCAUGAAGGAUAGCACAUUUGUCCCCAGUUCCGUGCCAGUUGAAAUGCUGCAUUUGAAGGAGAGUACAACAAAGGAGCAAGAUGUAUUUUCUAAAGAAGUAUUACUUCAUUUUCAUCCUGAUGAGGUCGGCAAAACAUGCCAAACUGAACCAACAAUAGUUGCUAUUGGAAGAAUUCUCUUUCAAAAAAACUUAAGAAAAAUUGAAAAGACGAUGGAAACAAGAAAAUCGGUGAUGAACGAUAUGCGUCUUUUGUCAAGAUUACUCAUUGCAUUCCGAGGCAAGUCACAUCAUGGCAUGACAGGGGAAGACAUGUUUCGUCGUCGAAACUUUACAAUAUUGGAGCAAGCAGUUGAGGAGGUGACCACCACUGAAGGGAGGCUCAAGUAUGGUUUAAAAAACUCAUUGUUCUAUCUCCUGAGACAAUCAGCCAAUCUUCUCAUGCUGCGUUCAUUUGGAGAAGAAGAGGAUGCCAAAGCAAGUGAAAUAGAAAAAUUUAUUCAUUUGCUAGAUUUAAACCAGAACAUUUUAUUUGGAGAUGCAGCUUAUUCAAUCAAUAGAAGUAGACAGGAAAGACUGAGAAUGCCAGAACAGCAAGCAAGAGAAGAGGAAGUCACCACCUUGAGGGUUCAUACUCUGAAUACAAUUGAGAGAUUGAUGUCAGAGUAUGAAUUCAUUGGGCGUAACGAAUAUGUUACUCUCCGAGAUGCUGUGUGCUGCAGAAUUACUCUGUUUAACGCACGACGGGGUGGUGAGCCAUCACGACUGAAAACUACAAAUUUGGAUGACGCAGUUACCAAGAGAUGGAUCGAUGACUCCAGAGUGGAACAGUUGGAGACCUGGGAGAAAAAGCUCUUCGGUGAAAUGCUUGUUGCAUACCAGGCUGGGAAAGGGAACCAUUUAGUUCCAGUCCUGAUCCCAAGAGACUGUGUCGGUGCCUUGUCCAUACUUACUGACAAAGACAAGAGGAAGGAAGUUGGGAUUCUGGAGGAAAAUCCUUAUGUAUUUCCAAACACACAACAGUCACCAUAUCAUGUGCUAGGUUGGGAUGCGAUAAGGAGUAUGUGUGAUGCAGCUGGUGUGAAGCAUCCAGAGUUGUUGACAGCAUCAAAACAACGACACAGGAUCAGUACCAUAUAUGCUUCACUUGAAGUUCCUACUUCUGACAGAGAAUACUUCUACAAACAUAUGGGACACAGCAAGGGUGUCAAUGAAGGGGUCUACCAGUACCCUCUCCCAAUUCAAGAAGUUACCAAAGUUGGGAAACACCUACUUCAAAUUGAUCAAGGUGAUGCUCCUCUGGCGACUGAGUCUGGGAUUCAAAGCCAACCUGACAUGGUUGCAAUAGCCGAGCAACAGGAAGAAGAUGCCCAUGACGUAAAUACAGGCUCUCUGUGUCUUACCAGUCCAGGUUUAGUGGAGAAAAACCCAAGAGAUUUUGAUACCAAAAGAUUCAAGUGGACAGAGGCAAAUACAAGACUGAUUAGAGACACAUUUAAGGAGUGGAUAUGUCUACCAAGUGGCAAUUCGUUGCCAAACAGGAAAACAGUUCUUGCAUACCUUCAGAGCUCAAAGCUUGACUGUUCAUAUGCUCAGCUUAGAACCAAAAUCAUGAAUGAACAGAACAAACAACAACAAAGGAGAAAGAAGAGAUGGAACGCAUUUCAGGAAAAUUAGAUAACUGAACAUUAAAAUACAGUGUAAUGCAUAUUUAGCUCUGUCAACACAUGGUAAACUUCUUCCCUUUAAUUGUCAGACUGAGUGACCUGGACUUUAGCACCUACAUGUAUGUAACUAUCCCUCUCAACUUGUGAGGGGUAUUAAGACCAUAACUAUCUUUCGGAAUACCCUGUGUGGUUUUUUUUUAGGUUGCACCAUCAAAAAUCACAUUUUAACUGUCACUUUCAUGAUCUGAUAAGCGAUGCUCUGAUUGGUCAGAUGAAAGGUCGUUCUGACAUGACCCACAAUGAGAUGUCCUCAGAUCUUUGUUUAGCAGUAGCGAGAACUAAGAUCUGAUUUUAAUGAGAUUGUUGCUAUGCUGGAUAGCCCUUUGGAAUGAUCUCGAAAUAUUUGCUGUGCAGACUAGCCCUUUGGAAUGUGCUUGAAAUACUUGCUAUGUAGAAUAGCCCUUUGGAAUGUGCUUGAAAUAUUUGUUGUGCAGACUAGCCCUUUGGAAUGUGCUUGAAAUACUUGCUGUGCAGACUAGCCCUUUGGAAUGUGCUUGAAAUACUUGCAAUGCAAGAUAUCCCUUUGGAAUGUGCUUGAAAUACUUGCUAUGUAGAAUAGCCCUUUGGAAUGUGCUUGAAAUAUUUGUUGUGCAGACUAGCCCUUUGGAAUGUGCUUGAAAUACUUGCUAUGUAGAAUAGCCCUUUGGAAUGUGCUUGAAAUAUUUGUUGUGCAGACUAGCCCUUUGGAAUGUGCUUGAAAUACUUGCUGUGCAGACUAGCCCUUUGGAAUGUGCUUGAAAUACUUGCAAUGCAAGAUAUCCCUUUGGAAUGUGCUUGAAAUACUUGCUACUUGCUGGUUGAAAUUUAGUACCAAGGUAAUUAUGGAAGCCCAUAUUCCUGUCUUAUUAAUUAUCCUUGUAUGUAUCAUUGUAUAUAUGUAUCAAUGUAUGUUUCAUUGUGUGUAUGUAUCAUCGACAUGGGUAAAAUGUGUGAAGCCCAUUUUUGGUGUCCCCUGCAGUGAUAUUGCUGGAAUGUUGCUUAAAGCGGCGUAAAAUCAUACUCACUCACUUACUCACUCACAUGUAUGUAUCAUGGUUUGUAUGUAUCAUUGUAUGUUUGUAUCAUUGAUCGUAAAUGAUGUUUCCCUCGUUUGAAGUAGUGAAUUAGAGGGAAACUACUUUCUCCUAGUGGUACGUUCUAUAAUCAAGGGAGGUAAUAAUGCCAGUAGAUGGCGCUGAUACUUGGGGCUAUAUAAGGGUAGGAUUUUAUGAUGUCGCCUCUCUCGCUUGCAAUCACGGCAGUUCAAUUAACAACAUGACUGAUGAAUCAACCGCGGCAAAACUAGAUGCCAUCUUGGUUCAGCUUAAUUCAAACAAGACAGAAAUUGAAUUGGCAAUCGAUUCCAAGUUAACCUCAAUACGAAAAGAGUUUCUGCAGACAUCUGAAGACGUAAGAAACAUAAAAGCCGAAAAAGAAUACAGCUGGUCACGGGAGGGAAACAAGGUCAAGAGCCAGGUCCACGACUUUCACUACACAGCCUGUGCAGUUUGCUUUACCUGCUUCUUCUGGUGUGCAGUCGAUUCCACCAAUCAACAACCAGCUUUUUCGAGGCAAAGGUCAGCGACAAGGAUCAUGUUUUCACUGCGGAGAAUUCACGCACUUCAGAAGAGACUGUCCCUAUCUCAACGCAAAUGUCCAGACUGCAAGGAUGUCAAGCAGCGUCCCGUCAGCAACCGCCACGCAGUAGAGAGGGCACAUGCCAAGGUCUAUCAGCUAAGUGUUCAUCUACACAAUGUUUCGAUGCAUGUAAUCUUAAAUUGACUGAUAAUUACUUUGAAUAUGAGCAGGGUGCUGCAGAAAUUGUCGUUAAAGUUUGUUUGAAACAGAAUGAAAACUUUUGGCAACAGAUAGGUGCAAGUGACUUUGUUUUAGAUAUAAUCAAAAAUGGAUACAAAAUUCCAUUUUUGUGUAUGUCACCCAAAAUGCACUUGCAUAAUAACAAGUGUGCCUUAAAUAACGCUGAUUUUGUGUGUGAAGCUGUAUAAGAGCUUGAAGCUGUAUAAGAGCUUGUCAAGAAACAACUAGUUGUUGAGUGUGAUAUCCUGCCGUAUGUUGUUAAUCCUCUAUCUGUCGCUAUACAGUCAUCGGGUAAGAAACGCUUGAUUUUAGACCUGAGUAUCGUCAACAGGUUUGUGCUCAAAAAGACUUUGAAAUUUGAAGAUUGGAAAACUGCUUUAGAAUAAAUCAGUGCAAAUGAUUGGCUAAUCAAGUUUGACAUCCAUUCAGCAUAUCAUCAUAUAGAUAUCUACGGAGGGCAUACUGACUUUUUGGGCUUUGCUUGGAAUGCCCCUGAUGGAAAAACACAUUUUUAUAAGUUUGUAGUACUUCCCUUUGGACUGACAACAGCUCCAUACGUUUUUACAAAAGUCACUCGCCAGCUUGUCAAGAAGUGGCGUUUUGAAGGACAUAAGAUAGUCACAUACUUGGAUGAUGGUAUAUUAUCAGCAGAGUCAGAAUUAAGAGCACUAAAUUCAGGUUCUGUCAUUAAAAAUGACUUGAUUAAGUCGGGGUUUGUACCUAAAGUUGACAAAUCUUUAUGGGCACCUUCACAGUCCUUGGAAUGGCUCGGUUUUCACAUUCAGACUACAAAUAUGACUAUAUCUGUACCUCACAGGAAGAUAGUCAAGGUGAAGUGUUCAAUUACUGACCUAUUAAAAUCCAAUUCAAAGAAUGUCAAAGUGCGAGAUGUAGCUUCUGUUGUCGGUCAGCUAGUGUCCAUGAAACUGGUCCUGGGGCCGUUAUCACAGCUUAUGACAAGGUCAUUAAGCAUAGACAUACUUUUGGUUUCUUCUUGGCAUAGUUCAUUAAAACUUUCAUGUGACAGUAUUCAUCAAUUGAAAUUUUGGCUGGGUAAUAUUGACAAACAUUCUUCAAGAGCACUUGUUGAAAAAUCUCUUACUACAAGACUUGUUUAUUCUGAUGCCAGUGAUAGUGGUUUUGGUGGGUACUGUGUUGAGAUUGAUUCUGACAAGUCCCAUGGUCAGUGGUCUGCGGAAGAAGCUCGUCAGAGUUCUACAUGGAGGGAGUUAAAGGCUGUUCACUUGACAUUACUGAGCUUUAUUCCCAACCUGAAGAGCAACCGUGUUAUGUGGUGUACAGACAAUACAAACAUUGUGUCAGUCAUUGAGAAAGGCAGCAUGAAAAUACAUUUGCAAACAUUGACUUUACAUAUAUUUGAAAUAUGUACAAAACAGUCAAUACAGUUGUACAUGCAGUGGAUUCCACGAUGUGAUAAUCAGACAGCUGACUAUCUUAGCAGAAUGAUUGAUUAUGAUGACUGGGGUAUUUCAAAGACCAUAUUUCAGCAAAUUGAACAGAAAUGGGGUCCACAUCAAACAGACAGAUUUGCGUCAUAUUAUAACACUAAACUUCAGUGUUUUAAUUCCAGGUACAGCAAUCCUGGAAGUGACGUUGUGGACUGUUUCACUGUCAACUGGAGUGGAGUUAGGAAUUGGGUGGUUCCUCCUGUAUGUUUGAUUCCGAGGGCAAUCAAACACAUGUCAGAAUGUAAGGCUAAGGGUACCCUUGUGAUACCAGAGUGGCACUCUGCUUGUUUCUGGCCAUUGAUAUGUCCCAACUCAGUAUUCAUUCCACAGGUGAGAGAUUGGAUGUAUUUGCCACGAUCGAAGGAGGCUUAUGUUGCCAGUAGAAUAAAGGGUGGCAUGUUUGGAGAGAAAGAUCUUUCAUUUAACAUGUUAGCGCUUAAGAUUGAUUAAGACCGUAUUUUGGGUGUUUCAGAUAUAUUUCGGACAAACUAUAGUGAUGAGAUUGCUACACUUCCGAGAGGUGUCCGCGAAUUAGCAGCGGCUCUGCCAGGCCUCUUAGCAGGGUGUAGAGCUGAUUCUACAACAAGAAAGUAUACAUAUGGCUUUGGAGCUUGGAAAAGGUGGGCGAUCGUCAAUUCUAUGUCUGUAAAAUUGCCAUUGUCGUCAUUGUACUGUGCUUUAUACCUGUUAUCUGUAAUUCAGCAGAGUGAUUCUAUAUCUCCUGUUCAGACAGCGUUCUAUAGCAUCCGUCAUGCUCAUACUUGUAUUGGUUUAGCAAGUCCAACUGAUAAUUCACUGGUGCGUAAUGUCUUGGAGGCAGCAAGGCGAAAAUUGGCUAAGGAUGUAUGUAAGAAGGAGCCAAUUACCAUUAGCCGGCUAGAAAAGUUGUAUGAUGGUAGAAUGGCAGAUCCAUCACUGUAUGAUUUGAGAAUUAUGUCAAUGUGCUUAUUAGCCUUUGCUGGGUUUUUAAGGUCAGCAGAAUUGUUGCAGAUCACGAGAUCAGACAUUGUAUUUUAUGAUGCUCAUAUGAUGGUAUUCAUUGAGCAGUCUAAGACUGAUGUCUACAGAGAUGGGGCGUGGCUGGCUAUUGGGCGGACAAACACCAAGCUUUGUCCAGUGGUAUGUUUAGAGAGAUAUCUAAAUAGUGCGGAGAUAAGUCUCGAUUCAUCUGAAUAUAUAUUCAGAGAUUUGUCCAAAUGUAUUGCUGGUUAUAAACUUAGAAAUAUUAAUGUACCCAUGACUUAUUCGCGUUUGAGGGAAUUGUUCAUUGAAGCAUUUACGCCAUUUGUUGACAAUAUAAAGAAUUAUGGACUGCAUAGUCUUCGAAGUGGUGGUGCAUCUGCAGCAGCUAAUAAUGGCAUCCCCGAUCGCAUGUUUAAGAGACAUGGUCGUUGGAGAAGUGAAAAAGCAAAAGAUGGCUACGUGACAGAUAAUCUUCAAUUCAGGCUUAAAAGUUUCACUUUCUCUCGGACUCUAGACUUUCUUUGAAUCUCUGCCGUGUACCGCACAGCUGUUCCAGUGUAUAUUUUGUUGUGUUUAAGGUGAUUAUUAGAGUUUGGUGUGGUCUAGGAGAAAUGAUGUUUCCCUCGUUUGAAGUAGUGAAUUAGAGGGAAACUACUUUCUCCUAGUGGUACGUUCUAUAAUCAAGGGAGGUAAUAAUGCCAGUAGAUGGCGCUGAUACUUGGGGCUAUAUAAGGGUAGGAUUUUAUGAUGUCGCCUCUCUCGCUUGCAAUCACGGCAGUUCAAUUAACAUGUAAAUUUAUUGAUGUUUGCUUCUUUCAUUUUUAUUAUUCCGUUUCUAAUAUCUUUUUCAUGUUUCAGGCAUUUCGUUUUGAGAUGUGGACGUGUGGCGGUGAGGCCACAUUCUGUUAUGGUCAUCUGUCUCUGUUGACAGGCCAUGUGUGUUGAUGAUGCUGGAGAGCUGUUAAAAUACUCAUUGGUAUAAUCGUGUUUACUACCACAUGUGAAUUGUGGCUGCAGAGCCUUUAGAAUACUUUGUAUAUAUGUUUGCAUUUCAUUGGCUACACAAUGUACGGUAGGCUGCAGAGCCAUUAGAAUACUUGGUCUUGGAAAUGUUCGGUUGGCAGAACCAUUAUAAUACUGCUGUAUUGGGUGUGUGUGACCCAUGUUAGAUGAGUAAAAUAAGGCUUUUGUGUAUAAUUUGUAUUUGUAAAAGUAUGUUGGACAUGUGUAAAGGGUAAUUCAAAUACUGUAUACUCCCCAGUUACUGGUCCUGUUGCAUUCGUAGGGAGAACACGGUUCCAGAGCUUUUUGUAUUAACAAAAUUUUUAUCUCUGGUUUUACGUGUCGGGCUUCAGGUACCAUUGCCAUUUGUAUGUUUCGAUAUGUUAUAUUCUAUAUGUUAUAACACAUGUUAUAAUGGUAUAUUGAGUGACGUGAUGUCACUGUGUGUUGUGUCUUGCGUCUUGUGCUUCGAAAAUAAACUGCCGUGUACCGCACAGCUGUUCCAGUGUA